ACACACACAUACACGCAGAAGAACACACACCAUCACACUACAGCCCAGGUGUGUCAGGGUUUGUGACGUGUGCGCUUUGAGGGAUCAUGUCUGUGGUCUUCACACCCGAUGGGAUGUUGGAGGGCGACGGCUCUCUGUCCACCGAUGCUUCCGCGGGCAUCCGUGGCCAAAUCAGCCCGACGGCACUCGCAAAAGACGCCAACUCCGACAGCACAGAACCAGACGACAACCUCUCCCAGGAUGCACAGCGGCGCUGUCAGAAUCACGGCCACACUAGGAAACGAGCCAAGUCGAAUGCGAAGCUGAAGCUGGUGAGGAGUCUUGCAGUUUGUGAGGAAUCUUCAGGACCGUUUUUGACCGACGGUCCUCCAGAAUCACAGGACAUCAUUCAGCUUCACAUCAGCUGUCCGUCCGAUAAAGAGGAGGAGAAAUCCUCGAAAGACGAGUACGAGAAUGAGGAGAGGGAGAAGAAGGAUAAAACGCCACGCAAGAUGCUCUCGCGCGACUCCAGUCAGGAAUACACUGACUCCACAGGGAUUGAUGUGCACGAGUUCCUGGUGAACACACUAAAAAACAACCCCAGAGACAGAAUGAUGCUGCUCAAGCUGGAACAGGAUAUACUGGAGUUCAUUAAUGAUGAGAAUAAUCAGUAUAAGAAGUUUCCUCAAAUGACCUCAUAUCAUCGCAUGCUGCUGCAUCGGGUCGCUGCCUACUUUGGCAUGGAUCACAACGUGGACCAAACCGGCAAAGCGGUCAUCAUCAACAAGACCAGCAACACACGCAUGCCGUCUGCGCAGGCUGUGUCUUACUCAAACCCUUCGUGCCCUCAGGUCAUCCUGCCUGUUUCUCCUUCCCAGCAGUACAACAUGGGAGAUGAGUUGACUCCAGGUUUCAGGCAGAUGUCUCUCAGCCGUCAGAGCUCCAGCGAGGCACCUGAGCCACCCAGCCUAUACCAGCCUCCACCCGCCGUACUAUCCCAGCAUCCUCCACCGCAGCCCAGCUACAUCUUGCCCCCGCCGCCCUCUGGAUACCAGCCUGCCACUCCACACCCGCAUCCUCCUCCACCACCGCCUCCACCAACACAACCCAUCCUACAGACAGCUCCGCCCACGCAGGGAUACAUGCAGCCUCCGCCACAGCAGAAUUCUCCUCUCCAGACCAUGAUGACCAAUCAGCAGCCUGCGUACCAGAGCAUGAUGGGAGUCCAGCAGCCUCAGAGCGCCAGUAUGAUGAACACGCAGCGCACGGCCAUGAACGGACAGAUGCCGGGCAUGAUGGUCCAGUACCCACCCAUGCCCUCCUAUCAGGUGCCUGUAGCUAAUGAGAGUCAGUCUGUGGUGCAGCAGCAGUACCAGCAGCCCGUCAUGGUUCCCGCCAGUCAGUCUGUACAGGGAGCCAUGCCGACCGCGGCACCCAUGCCUGUCUACUACAGCGUACUGACGCCCACACAACAGAACAGCACAAGUCCAUCUGUGGGUUACCUGCAGCCGCCCAGUUCAGAUCAGUACCAGAUGACCCAGUCUGCCUCGCCCUGCAGCCCACAGCCAAUGCAACAGCAGUAUUCAGGGGUUCCUCCUCCUGGUCCUAGUGUCAUGGUAAUGCAGCUCAGUGUCCCUAACGGACCGCAGCCGACCCAGAAUCCUCCGCUGGUGCAGUGGAACCCCUGCAAGUACUACAGCAUGGAGCAGAGACCCAGCAACCCCGAGCCGCAGGUCAGCACUCAGCUCAGCAGUCCGCUGGCGUCUCCCACACAGUCUCCGGCUCCCUCUCCGUCUGGCAGUAUGAACACCGUGUGUCCGGGUCUCGUCCCGCUGCCUCUCAUUUCACAGUUCCCUCGGCCAGCACAAGCAGAUGGACGCUACUCUUUACUGGGGCAGCCGCUGCAGUACAGUCUGUGUCCUCCUCCCAUCAUGCACAACCACAACCAGUCCUCCUACAGCUCCCAUCAGAGUCAGGGAGUGAUGAAGCACGGAGCGCGGGGGAAGAGACAAACGCUCAAAUCUGCCUCUACAGACCUCGGGACUACUGACAUGGUGGUGAGUCGGGUGCUGGAGGUCACCGACCUUCCCGAGGGCAUUUCCCGUCCGGAGGCCGAGAAGCUCUUUAACCAGCUCUCGCUCUGCGGCGCCAAGAUCCAGUGGCUGAAGGACCCUCAGUGUCCCCGGGGCCCCGGCGGAGGAGCACGGGGAGACGCCAGGGACCCCGCUAACCUCUACACAGUGGUGGCCGUGUUCCCCAACACCAUGGCGGCCCAGAGCGCCUCCUUCAAACUCAACAACAGCGGCGGGAAUUUUUUCAAACUGCGCGCCACCAAAAAGAACUAUGACUUGCGCGUGCUGGAGCGAGCGAGCUCGCAGUGAGUCGGGAGAGAGAGAGAGGAAGUCGAAGAUGUCAAAGGGAAGAGAUCAUCCUGGAGUUCCUUAGGGAUCUUUUUUAUUGUUUGUAUCAUUACCAGAAGAGCACAUAUGACACAGAAGUGUGUUGCGUUGUACGUGUGUCGUAUGAUGCGCACACACACUCAUAGACACAACCGGGCAUCUUAAAGGGUUAGUUCACCCAAAAAUG